GCCCCCCCCAGGGGCACAGUGCCUUCUCCCUGUGUGAUGGGGUGGGGCCCACAGUCUCCUUUCUCGCGGCCUCCCCGAGCUGACCCUGGGUCCCAGCUUGGCCAUGAGGGCUUCGGCAUGUGAAGCCCAUGGGAGGCAGAGCCUCCCUCCCCCACCGGUUUCCGGCUCUCUGUAUCGCCCCCAACACUGGGCUGGUGCCAUGGAGGGAAGUUCCGCCCUCCCCCACAUCAACUCGCCAGGGAGCUCCGUCUUCCCGGGCUGUGAGGGAAGCCAGCUCUGCAGGCCAGUGUCCAAGUCCCGGCGUCGCCUCCUCCAGGGAGCCUUCCAGACCCGAUCUGUGCGGCAGAGGCCCAGAAGGACCUAGGCGUGAGGAUCCUAGCGGGAGGCGGAGGACCCAGCACGUGCAGAGAGGGCCCGAGUGCUUCCUCCUGAGUGGGGGUCGCCCAUCUGGCUCCAGCCGCACAGAGCUACUCCCUGGAGCUCUCCGGCUCUCUGCCUUCCUGCAUUAGCUCUUGCCCGCACCUGGCCCGGCAAACCCCAGCUCAUCUUUCAGACCCAAGUUCAAGGCCUCCUCCUGCUCCAGGCGGCUCAUCACCUGGCCUCCCCAGGCAGAGAGGCCCACUGCACAAUGGAGCGUGGAAGACGAGGAGGAGGCCACCCGUCACCCAUGCCGGCAUGAGAGAGACAGGCAGCUUCAGGCCCAGGAUGUGGACGGAGGCGGCCAUGUCCCCGAGCAGCCGGAGCACGAGAUGCUCCUCAGCCUGAAGCCCUCGGAGACCCCUGAACUGGAUGAGGACGAGGGCUUUGGCGACUGGUCCCAGAGGCCAGAGCAGCGGCCGGAGCACGAAGGGGUCCAGGGCGCCUCGGACAGCAGAGAACCCCCCCGGUGCAGGAGUCCUGAGGGGGAGCAAGAGGACAAGCCCGGCCUGCAUGCCUGCGAAAAGGAGGACGGUGACGAAGUCCACCUGGAGGAGUUGAGUCUGGGCAAGGAGGGGCCAGACCCAGAGGACACUGUCCAGGACAACCUGGGGGCCGCAGGGGCUGAGGAGGAACAGGAGGAGCACCAGAAAUGUCAGCAGCCCAGGACACCCAGCCCCUUGAUCUUGGAGAGGACCAUUGAACACAGCUCACCUCCCCUGAGCCCCACCACUAAACUCAUCGACAGGACCGAGUCCCUAAACCGCUCCAUAGAGAAGAGCAACAGUGUGAAGAAGUCCCAACCAGACUUGCCCAUCUCCAAGAUUGACCAGCGGCUGGAACAAUACACCCAGGCCAUCGAGACCGCUGGCCGGACCCCCAAGCUAGCCCGCCAGGCCUCCAUAGAGCUGCCCAGCAUGGCCGUGGCCAGUACCAAGAGUCGGUGGGAGACGGGUGAGGUACAGGCUCAGUCUGCCACCAAGACUCCGUCCUGCAAGGAUAUUGUGGCUGGAGACAUGAGCAAGAAAAGCCUCUGGGAGCAGAAGGGAGGCUCCAAGACCUCAUCAACAAUUAAGAGCACCCCAUCUGGGAAGAGGUAUAAGUUUGUGGCCACCGGGCAUGGGAAGUAUGAGAAGGUGCUUGUGGAAGGGGGCCCAGCGCCCUAGGCCUCCUGUCUCGCUUCCUGGGUCUGCAGGUCCAGACGGGCGACACCCUCCAUGUACCCAGGGGAGAUCCCAGCCAGACACCUGCACCCCCGCCCUGGCUAAGAAGUUGCUUCCUGUUGCCAGCAUGACCUACCCUCGCCUCUUUGACGCCCCCCGCUGCCACCUCCUUUUGCUCCUGGACCCUUUAACUUCUCUGCCCUUCCACUCUCUGACCCCAACCACCCCCCUUCAGCUCUGCUUCUCAUUACUUGGGGGAGGAAAGAAACUCCUGAUCAUUGGCCAAAGGAACUUACCCCUGGAGAGGCCAAGUACCUUCUAGGAAGUUAGGAGGUUGAGGCACAGCCCUGUGCAGAGAGGGCGGGUCACCCCCCAGAUCCAAGGGGAAACUGCAGGUCAAGGACUGGUAAUGACCAUGCAGGAAGCUUGAUGCUGCAUCCCCCCCCCACCCUGCUUGCCACCCCCCCACCCCGCCAUUUUGUAUAAUAAAGCUCCCUGAGUAUUCUC